AAUCGCCCGCGCCCUCGGCUGCUCUUCGUCGAGGUCCGCAGGAGGCUCGGAGCGCACCCGGCGGACGCUGCUCGCGGCUUCUUCUCGGCAGCAGAGGCAACUCGGAGCGGGCUCCGGGGCUCCAGCGCUGCUCUCUGCGGUCGAUUGGCAGCGAGGAUUACCCGGGGGAAAGUGGUUCUCUCCUAGCUGGAGCCGCCGAGAGGGGCUUUCGGGCCGCCGGGGGAAGGAGUGCGGAGCCGGUGGCGGCGGAGCGCGCAACAAACCGGCCGCGGGGAGCGCGGGCACCGGGAGAGCAGGCCGCGACGCGCUCACCAUGGUCAGCUUCUGGGACACCGGGGUCCUGCUGUGCGUGCUGCUCGGAGCUCUGCCGCUCACAGGAUCUAGUUCAGGUUCAACACCAGAAGGUCCUGAACUGAAUUUAAAAGGCACCCAGCACGUCAUAGAAGCAGGCCAAACACUGAAACUCCAAUGCAGGGGAGAAGCAGCCCAUUCGUGGCUUUUUCCUGAAACGGUGAAUAAGGAAAGCAAAAGUCUGAGCAUAACUAAUUCUGCCUGUGGAGAGGACAAUGAACAAUUCUGCAGCACACUGACCUUGAACAUGGUUCAAGCGAACCAUACGGGCCUCUACAGCUGCAGAUACCUACCUACAUCUACUUCAAAGGAGACAGUAGAAUCUGCAAUCUAUAUAUUUGUUCAUGAUGCAGAUAGACCUUUCGUAGAGAUGCACAGUGAAAUACCUGAACUUAUACAUAUGGCUGAAGGAAUGGAACUCAUCAUUCCCUGCCGGGUUACAUCACCUGACAUCACUGUUACUCUAAAAAAGUUUCCUUUUGAUAUUCUGGUCCCAGAUGGAGAAAGAAUCAUUUGGGACAACAAGAAGGGCUUUAUAAUAUCAACAGCAACAUACAGAGAAAUUGGGCUUCUGAGCUGUGAGACAACCACUGGUGGACGUGUGUACCAAACAAACUAUCUCACACAUCGGCAAGCCAACACCAUCACAGACGUCCAAAUAAGCCCACCAGGCCCUGUGAGAUUACUCAGUGAUAACACGCUUGUCCUCAACUGUACAGCCACCACUGCCUUGAACACAAGAGUAGAAAUGACCUGGAAUUACCCUGGUAAAGCAAUGGCAAGGGCUUCUAUAAGACAACGGCUAGAUCAAAGCGAUCCCCUUGCCAAUGUGUUCUACAGUAUUCUUACUAUUGAGAAGGUGCAGACGACAGACAAAGGUGUUUAUAGGUGCCAAGUGAAGAGUGGGCCAUCAUUAAAAUCUGUGAACAUAUCUGUGCAUGUACAUGAAAGUGGAUUCAUUACUAUGAGACAUCGGAAACGGCAAGUGCAUGAAACCAUAGCGGGUAAGAAGUCCUACAGACUCGCCAUGAAAGUAAGGGCCUUUCCCUCACCGAAAGUUGUAUGGUUAAAGGAUGGCUUUCCUGCAACAGAGAAAUCUCCUCGCUACCUGGUUCGAGGCUAUUCACUAACUAUUAAGGAUGUAACCCCGGAGGAUGCAGGCGCCUACACACUGUUGCUGAGCCAACAGCAGUCCCAUAUAUUUAAAAACCUCACUGCCAAUCUCAUCGUAAAUGUGAAACCUCAGAUUUAUGAGAAAUCCGUGUCGUCGCUCCCAGACCCAACUCUCUACCCACUUGGCAGCAGACAGGCCUUGACCUGCACUGUGUUUGGACUCCCUCAGCCUGAGAUCAAGUGGUUCUGGCGCCCUUGCAACUACAGUUAUUCUAAGACAAGGUAUGACUUUUGUUCCACCAAUGGAGAACCAUUUAUCCUGGAUUCCGGGAGCGACAUAGGAAACAGGAUUGAGAGCAUCACCCAGCGCAUGGCAGUCAUUGAAGGAAGAAAUAAGAUCGCUAGCACCUUGGUUGUGGCUGAUUCCAGGGUUUCUGGGAUCUACAGUUGCAUGGCUUUCAAUAAAGUAGGGACGGUGGAAAGAAACAUAAGCUAUUAUGUCACAGAUGUGCCAAAUGGGUUUCGUGUUAACUUGGUAAAAAUGCCCACAGAAGGAGAGGACCUGAAACUGUCUUGCACAGUGAAUAAGUUCUUGUACAAGGAUAUUGUUUGGCUUUUACUUCGGACGGUCAAGAACAGGACAAUGCACCACAGCAUCAGCAAGCAAAAAACGGCCAUCGUUUCUGAAUAUUCCAUUACUCUUAACCUUGUCCUCAAGAAUGUGUCUCUGGAUGACUCUGGCAUCUAUGCCUGCCGAGCCAGGAAUGUCUACACGGGGGCAGUGGUCCUUCAGAAGACAGAAGUUACCAUUCGAGAUCAGGAAGCACCGCGUCUCCUAGGAAACCUCAGUGACCACACCGUAGAGAUCAGCGGCUCUGCCACCUUAGACUGUCGUGCUAGUGGAAUCCCAGAGCCUCAGAUCACCUGGUUUAAAAAUAACCGCAAAAUACAACAAGAACCCGGAAUUAUUUUAGGACCAGGAAACAGCACGCUGUUUAUUGAGAGGGUCACAGAAGAGGAUGAAGGUGUGUAUCAGUGCAGAGCCACGAACCAGAAGGGGGCUGCACAAAGCUCAGCCUACCUCACCGUGCAAGGAACCUCAGACAAGUCUAAUCUGGAGCUGAUCACUCUAACAUGUACCUGUGUAGCGGCUACCCUCUUCUGGCUCCUGCUGACUUUGUUUAUCCGAAAACUGAAACGGUCGUCUUCUGAAGUUAAGACCGACUACCUGUCGAUCAUCAUGGACCCCGAUGAGGUUCCCCUAGAUGAGCAGUGUGAGCGGCUCCCUUAUGAUGCCAGCAAAUGGGAGUUUGCCCGGGAACGACUGAAACUGGGCAAAUCCCUUGGAAGAGGGGCUUUUGGGAAAGUAGUUCAAGCAUCUGCAUUUGGCAUUAAGAAAUCACCUACUUGCCGGACUGUGGCUGUGAAAAUGCUAAAAGAGGGGGCCACAGCCAGCGAGUACAAAGCUCUGAUGACGGAGCUCAAGAUCUUGACCCACAUCGGCCACCAUCUCAAUGUGGUGAACCUGCUGGGAGCCUGCACCAAGCAAGGAGGCCCUCUGAUGGUGAUUGUUGAGUACUGCAAAUAUGGAAAUCUCUCCAACUACCUCAAGAGCAAACGGGACUUAUUCUUUCUCAACAAGGAUGCCGCAUUGUACGUGGAGCCCAAGAAAGAAAAACUGGAGCCAGGCCUGGAAGCAGACAAGAAACCCAGGUUAGACAGUGUCGCCAGCAGCGAGAGCUGUGCAAGCUCUGGGUUCCAGGAAGAUAAAAGCCUGAGUGAUGUCGAGGAAGAGGAGGAUUCUGAUGAGUUCAACAAGCAGCCACUCACUAUGGAAGAUCUGAUCUCUUACAGUUUCCAAGUAGCCAGGGGCAUGGAGUUUUUGUCUUCCAGAAAGUGCAUUCAUCGAGACCUGGCAGCGCGAAACAUUCUUUUAUCUGAGAACAAUGUGGUGAAGAUUUGCGAUUUUGGCCUCGCCCGGGAUAUUUAUAAGAACCCCGAUUAUGUGAGAAAAGGAGACACCCGACUUCCUCUUAAAUGGAUGGCACCCGAAUCCAUCUUUGACAAAAUCUAUAGCACCAAGAGCGACGUGUGGUCUUUUGGAGUGUUGCUGUGGGAAAUCUUCUCUCUAGGUGGAUCUCCAUACCCAGGAGUGCAAAUGGAUGAGGAUUUCUGCAGCCGCCUGAAAGAAGGCAUGAGGAUGAGGGCCCCUGAGUACGCCACCCCUGAAAUCUAUCAGAUCAUGCUGGACUGUUGGCACAAAGACCCUAAAGAAAGACCAUGGUUUGCAGAACUUGUGGAGAAACUAGGCGAUUUGCUUCAAGCCAAUGUGCAACAGGAUGGUAAAGAUUAUAUCCCACUCAAUGCCAUACUGACAAGAAACAGUGGCUUUACAUACUCGGCUCCUGCCUUCUCUGAGGACCUCUUCAAGGAUGUUAUUUCAGUCCCAAAGUUUAACACAGGAAGCUCUGAUGAUGUCAGAUACGUGAAUGCAUUCAAGUUCCUGAGCCUGGAAAGAAUCAAAACCUUUGAAGAACUUUCUCCAAAUACCACCUCCAUGUUUGAUGAUUACCAACUGGACAGUAGCACUGUGCUGACCUCCCCGCUGGCAAAGCGCUUCACCUGGACUGAAAGCAAGCCCAAGGCCUCACUAAAGAUAGACUUGAGAGAUGCCACCAGGUCCAGCUUCUGCAUUUCCAGCUGUGGCCACAUCAUAUCUGUGCAUGGCAGCCUGGAGCCAGGCAAGGAGGAUUCGUGCUGCUCGCCACCCCCAGACUAUAACUCAGUGGUCUUGUACUCCUCACCUCCUGCCUAACACUUGACACAAGCCUUCUUCCUAGAAGCACAUGUGUAACUACACCCCCCAGAAAACUAGUUUCUGUCAGUAUUAUGCACAUAUGAGUUUACACCUUUUCCUUAUCACAGGAGCCAGCUGCUUUUGAUGACUUUAAUAGUGCUUUUUUAAUGUUUUGACUAACAAGAAUGUAACCCCAAAUAGAGUUAAUAGUGACAAGAGAAAGAACACUAGUCUCCAUCCUCACCUUACUCCCUGUUAGAGAAACUCUAAGCCCAAUGACUCACCUGCUCUACUCCCAAGGAUCAGGGCACACAGGUCAGGGGUGAGGAGAUGGAGAUGCACUGGUUGCUCUAGCAACCUUGGAACCAGAAACAAGCAGCUCAGGAAUGUAAAGGAAUUGCACACUGGCAUAGACAGUGCCUCUGGAGUCCUCUAGCAUGCAUGAGAAAGAGAGAAUGGCGCGAGAGAGAAGGCAGGGGAAGGAGCAGGAGAGGGCUCUCUUGUAGUACCACCUCCAUGACCUAAUAAUCCUGAGCACUGACAGGGCAGAAAGGAAGGGACAUUUCCUGGGUUCUAGCUCUGGAACUAAAGAGAACCUUCAAAAACUACCUAUGGGACUGGUUCUAUUCCUAUACCAUGGCUCAUCUUGAUUUUGUAGCACUGAGGUGGUGUUCCACUCUGAGCCCACCCUUGGCUUUAGUGACAUACACUGAGAACUUAAUAGAAUCAUGUGGCCUGAUGCUAAGUGUGAUGCUCAUAGGAAGGCAGGUAAAACCACUAUGGCCACUUAAGGUGGUCCACUGAUUCUAUUUCAAGUA